AUGAACACUCAGGAUGACGCCAGUACGACUGCAAGGUUCUUCCGCGUAGUAAACAUCAACUACGCACAUGAACACAAUCGCUACCCGGAUGAGAUACUUACGAAGCGAAUUAUUCACUUAGUUGUCUUGAGGGGUGCCUGGCCGUCGUGCUUCAUGAUUCUUGCGAUAGAAUGAGUGAGUCAAUGAAAGAACGAAAGAGCGCAGCCCGCUCCGCGGCGUUGUUCAGCAAGUAGCUAGUAGCGAUCUGCCCUCGGUCGGUUUGAGAUAGUGGAUGAGAGCGCGUGGACCCAGGUGGUAUGGGGUUGUAGCUUGCUCUCGUUUCGAAGAUUCUCUACCGGAGCAUUCUGCAGCCCUAGGCGCCAGAGCCCGCGGGCGCUCCGCGAUGGGCGGCUACGUCUAUGCGAGCUCGGCGCGUUCUAAACGUCCGCGCUAGCUUGGUGGCAGCAAACUAGUGAAAUAGGCAGGCUAGCUGACCCCGCUCCGCUUCCAGCCAGCUGGCUGGGGAGGCAGACAGCCGAUGGGCUGAGGGAUAAAGCCUGGCCGGCCAGUCAGGGCAUGCGAUCACUCGCCACGACCAAACUCCUAAACACGAGCGCAGCGCGGCCUAGCAAAAGGCCUCAGCUGAGAAGCCGGCAAAUGAGUAGGUUAAAAGCGGUAGCGCAGCGCCACAACUAGCUGACUAGCCUAUCCGCGUAGAUAUCCUCGCACGGCUUAGCCCAUGCAAAAAAGCGCAAACCCAAACAGGCUUGCGCUUGAAGAUAGCUAGCAGGCUGCUAGCUAGCUUCCCACCCUCGUGCUGCUGCUGCUGCCAAAAUUGGCAAACUAAAACGCCACGAGACCAAGAGAGGACUGCGCCGGCCUGGACUGCAAAAGACCGUCGCCGACACCAAACCCAAAGCGAAGUCAUGGCCUCCUUGGAUGUUUUUCCAUCUUCUUAGACAGCGCAGAGCAGCUAAGGGCGCUAUCGGUUUCGGCCCGCAGCUGCGCAGGAGCCUCUAGCCCUACCGCUGACGCCUGUGCGCUUGCUCGCGAAGCUAUGCCUAGACCUCGCGCGCGACGCACGAUUCGAGUGGCGGGCUGUGGCUGACUGCUUUUGCGCCAGCGUGUGGCCUUUGUGCAUGCUGCUGCUGCUGCUUUAUGGGUAAAGGCUUGGGACUUCUGGCGGGCUGGAUUUGUGUUCAUGGUCAUGAUCGUCCGUGUGAUGGAACGGCAUGACGCUGAGUGAGUGAGUGAGGUUUGAUGGAACGGCAUGGCGCUGAGUGGGUGAGUGAAUGAAUGGGCGACGCACCUCGCUUCUACAAUGGCAUGGCUUUCUCUUCGGCUUACCUUGGAAGAUCAUGUUGCAUCACAUUUACAUUGGAUGUUGCAUGAUGUUGCAUCUUACAUCGGCCUCUAAUAGUAGCACCCGUUUAGAGGCAGACUCUUUGUGGGAAAACGUUGACAGAGCGUCGUCGUGGACGCCUGCAGAAGAUGGCUACGCUAAGGAUAGGCUAAAGGUGUUCCUGUUGCCGUUUGUUUUGCCUCUGCUACGGGAGAAAGGCAGAACAAGAAACGGGAAACAGAAACACCAAAACGGCCCUGUCGCUAAUUACAUUUACAGGGACCGGAGGCGGAGGAGUGCUGGCGGUGGUGACUACCGGAGCAGUGCUGCGGAUGCUUUCAGUGACAGGAGUAGUGCUAGUGGUGGUGACUACAGGAGUGCUAAGGCCCCUUUAGGUAAUCCAUCUACGUCUCGAGAAGCUUCAUCCUGAGGCCUUUCUCUCGUAAGGGAAAAGCAAGGCCAGGAUGACGUGAGCAUUAUCAUUGAUUAUGAUUUAUUAUGUAUUUCCAUAAAGUAUUUAUAUGAAUAAAUUAUGAUCUUCUUCAUGCUUUCGCAGACACAUACAAUGAUGUGAUAUGGAUUACGGUGAGGAUAAGGAAGCUCUAAGUCUAAGAGUGGUGAUCUUCCGCGUUGGGAAUGGGAGUGGUGUCGUGGAGUAGAGUGCACUUUUGGCGAGGUCCGUCCAUUUCGCCCUUCGAGAGAACUCCUCUUAAGUCUUAAAGAAGAUACCCACCUUCCUACAAUAUUAAUAGAUUAGGUUCUUGUACUACCUUGUACUCACGUAGAGGGUAGUUGUCAACGUAGUUUGUCUCUCUAAUUGUGGGUGCCCCUAUUGGAAGGUAUAACGGCUCUUUCUGGGUAAAAGCGCUGAUUAAGCAAAAACAAUGCGCUCUCCGCGUGAUGGAAUAUGCGAAGCUGCAUGCAGCCGCGACGCCAUAUCUUAUGCAUGGCCUCCUGGAUGUUUUUUCUCUCAAACCAAUCUGACAUGGUCUUCUCGAUCUCGCACUCGCUGAAGAUCAUGCUUUUUUUUGCUUAAUAAGGGAUCUUGACCUCCGUGGCCAUUUAAGUAGUUGCUGAGUACUUACGAGAAAAGGGGAACCAGGAUCACUGGUUCCCUCUUUUUGUAGUUCCUCCCCCCGAAACAGCUGCUGCUUAUCUGCUGCAUCACGAUCAUGCCAGCACUUCAUCUGAAGAAAUGGGAGAAAAAUAUACAUCCUCUUUCAUUAAGGCGUCCUCUAAAAACCCUAAUCCAUCUGUAACUAUAGAGAUCCCCACUAGCACUAGCAGGGAGUGUAUGCGCCCCACUACCAGGGAGGUGGUAAGGUAUUUUUUGCGGAAUCUCUUUUGGGAUCAUGAAUUGGGGGGCGAAGCUGCUCUAAUUGUAAGUGUGAAUAUGUCAUUUUUUCGAGACCGGACUUGUUUCUUCUUAGUCCGAUUGUCUUGACGUCGGGACUUUUGCAAGACGAUGCUUGGCAUUUUGGUUCCCACGCAUUAUAUGCCCGUCACUAUUAUGAGAGGCGUGCGCGUGCUGGUACUAGUCUCAAUAUUGUAACUAGAGUUCUUCACUCCAGAGAGCUGCUUAUUCACUUCUUAGUCACUCUUAUUCACUUCUACUCAGUAACUAGUAAGAGAGCUUCUGGCACCACUAAGGGCACUUUCACUUUCUCACUCUACUUCAGCAGGAUAGUUAUAAUUGCUAAGGGCGUUUUCAUUUAUUUCACUUUUUUCACUCUCUUUCUUCUAUUAUGAAGGUUACUAUCUAGUACUUCACCUCUCUCGAUUAGCGUAGUCUUUCUUCAUUAUCUCGUUCCCGUGUGGAGGACUAUGUAUUCCUCUAGAAGUCUAUCGCGAGAAUAAACGUUAGCAUUAUCUUUUUUUUUGAAUUUUUCAGAAAAGCACGACAUGGAGACACUGCGAUCCCGGGGCUUUCCACCUUGCGAUGGGCAAGCUAGCCCUCCCUCCACAAGGUGCAGCAGACGCUGCGCUCCUCCUCCCAUGGACGCGGCCCUUCAGUCAUGGCUGGGCAUCAUGGUGCCGCUAAGCUCAGAGGCCGCGGCCUCCGCUUGCGCACGCCCGUGCGGCAGUAGCCUGGCCUGGCCCUGCAAACUUAUCCGCAGAAGCAGCCCACCGUGGGAACCAAGCUCGACCCACUCGGAAAGCAGCCCCGUCGGCAAUCGUUGGGGCGAUCCUUGGGGGCAAGCGAUAUGAAACGCCAAGCCGAUCGAGGGGAAGCCGCGACGCCACUUCGCUCAAGAUCCAAGGAGGCGAGGAGCCGACGGAGAGCCGCAGACGCGCGAGCGGUUGAAGGGGUCAGCUGGAGGGGGUUUCUGAGGGGGGUCUUUGUUUUCAGGGGCCCCAUUUGGUAAGACUUCUGGCGCCCGGCAGAUAGGUGACAACGCUUCUGGCGCCCAACACUCUUCGCCGAAGCCCCAAAAAACCCUCUAAAUCUUCCGAACCUCGAGGGGCAAGCGCGUGACCGGUGGGCGCCUUUUCUGCUUGCUCGUUAUCGUCUUCUCUUUUUGGCGAGUGUUCGGAGGGGUCGGCGGAGGGGGACGGCGGACCACCUCCGGUUUCGUUUGGCUAGAGGACCAGAGCGGCCACAGCAGGAAGGGGGCGCCGAGUCGCUAGAAAUUGGAGAAGGUGGGGCGCCAGAGGUGGCGGAGCGGCCGCAAGCAGCAGAGCUGCGGGCCAUCCCCUGACACUCGGGCCCCAGAUUCGCGAGGGGACAGGGAAACACGCUACACGCAUGCGCGUCUGCCUUUGCUGGAAGCGCCUCCUGGAGAGCGCAGCACCACCCAGCAGCCAGAGCAGGACAGCAGCGUGUGCGGCGCCGCUCUCUUGUUGUCUGAGUCAUGGGAAGCGCAGCCCACCCACAGACGCGCCAAGAGGAAGCGGCGAAUGGUGGCGCCCCUCCAUUCUUAUGCCCACGCGAGCAGCGUCCCACCAAUGCCUGGAGUUUGUUAUCAAUCUCAAUCUGAAAAAAUCAAAAAAACGAUAAUGGGAGCACUUGUUCCUGCGAUGAAGUCUGUCAAGGGAAAUGGAGGAAGUCUAAGGGCCUAAGAAGUAGUACGCCACUCAAGCAGGGACAAAGAUUCUUUGUCGUACUUGUAGUUCCACCUUUUUAUAGACGUUGUACGUAGAAGAAGUUACUUAUUUGAACUUCCACGACCACCUACUUUAAACUUAAAGAAGCAUUACGAGGUAAUUUGUUCCACCCAAGAAGGAGCAGUGUACUUCUUGUUCCAGUUGUUCUAAGAUCGUGAUGACAAUUUUGCUGUAAUACCUUUGCGCCUGGUCUGGGCCUUCGCACAGCAGCUCAACUUUGUCCUAGACACGGAUUUAUUUGGCGCGCGCAUCAGAGUGGCAAUGGAUUCAGUGGUUACUUUUUUUAAGGGUUGUACUAGGUAGCCGUUGUAGUCCUGUUAGUUUCUAGAGUGAAGAAGAGAAUGAUUAUAACAAGUAGUCUAUAUCGAGUUGUUCAUGAACAAGGAGUUGUGCUAAAAAAAGAGGGUUAGUAAAUGCUCUCUCGUCUACGUAUUCUGACGGUUAAAUAGUCGUGCUUCUAGGGAGGUAAGGAGCAUGAAGAUGAUAGACUACAAAACCGCCUUGCUGCGUUCUCCCUGUUUUCUCCUCAGUGUUGAGACUUACUGACAACAAAGGAGCCCUGACGCACAAUCCUAAAACAUACAAUGCUAGUACGAGCUAGAAAGAGAAAAGAGAAAAAGUCAGUAGCAGCUAAACUCCCCGAAGCACACUGUAGCUGACUCGCCCCCUACUGAGAUAGAAAUAGAUGUUGAAGUCAAUUAAUUAUAUGGGAAAACUCACUCACUGUGGCAUAAGUGAUUCUUCAUCUGUGGCUAAUGCUGACACAACCUCACAGCCACGACCUCUAAAAAGAACAUGUUGCGCACCCGCCUUAGGGCUGGACAUAGAUGCAGAACCGUAGGGCUGAACGGCUUAGGGAUAAACGCUCUGCACCAUUUUCCUCCACUUUUUGGGCUGUUUCUUCCUAAGCCGUGAGAGAGGGGCUGACGGUGACGCGAGAGAGAAACGACACGACAGGACAGGAAUAGACGCCGCGCGAGUAAGAACCGUGCGUGGUCGGCCUUGCCUGUUCUGUCUGUUCAUUAGUACUCCGAGAGAGUUCCUCUAAGUAUCGUCUACGCCCAAAGCUCUGCCAGCGAUUUAGAGUGAAUCCCGUGAGAAAGUUUUAGAAUUCGGAAGAGCUUCGCACCUAGGCCGCACGCUUUUGCUUCGAACAUAAUGAGGGGCCGCACGCUUUGGCCCCUGGCACUAACAUAGACAGAAGCGUUCUGGGUGGGAGGCGCUGAGGAAUUUCACCGAUCUGCUGCCACUCGAACGAGAGUCCAGCGGCGGCGCCUUUUGUCCCCCCCUCCCCCUGUUCGUUGUCUGGAGAGUGGCAUGGACUUGGCCCCAAGCAACGAGAGCACUUGCUUGUUGCUGCGUUUUCUGUGUCAGAUAGUGCGCUGCGCUUCUCUCUUAUUCUGAAACCCGCGCCCCGACUGGCGUGCGCUUUUGUGACGCUGCGCGGAGACCUCUGCGAAUGCGCCUAGCGUGUUUCCGUCUCUCCUCAUGUCUGUGCCUUGAUCGAUCCCUUUGUCUCGCCGCGACGUCAAUGGACCGAAUCUUCCGACGCUGGCUCCUCAGUUGUGGUUUGUUAUCGGUCUCGCCUGUGCUUCGACGACAGCGUCUGUCAUGCGCUUGCCCUUCUCUGAUUUUUCGACGCUGAUCGGCCACGGCUAGAGGACAGGCUUUCGCUCUGCUUUAUUCUUGUCAAGUGUGAACAAGAAGGCAGAAAGUUAGCGACACUCUUCGGCCUAACUUGGUCUCGCGAAUAUUCUGGCCCCCUUGCUUUGUUUGGCUUCUUUGCCGUUAGUUUAGGCACAGUCAGACGCUGCUCCACAAUUGUCCGAACUCUGUGGCUUUUUCUGUAUUUCGAAUUAUUCAAGAAAACCUUCUGUUUUUAUGUUCGAGCCUGCUCCCGCUUAACGUUCAGAAAUAGGCUGGUCGGGGCAUUUAUUCUUAGCCUAGCGCUUAUGCCUAACGCUCUGCAUAUAUCAGCAUCAUGGCCAAGAAGAGAAGUCUGACUUCUAAUUUAAUAGCGCAGUAUUUCAAUAUACCAGUCGUAGUACACGGAUGGGGCUAUAUUGUCGUGCGGCCCUGGGGCGACCCACUGCGUUCUCCCUUCAACGCAGACCCGAGAAUUUAAGGCCAAGGCGUGAGUCAACCCUAAGCCUAGCCCUAGCCCUACCCUUCAGCCUUAAGCCCCUUAUGGUAUACAUAGUUUAGCUGCUUCAACAUUCACAUUCCCAGCGUGGGAAUUAUUUCUUUAGAAAGGGCUUUAGAAGCAAGAGGACAAAAUAAGGGCUUUAGAAGGGGAACAGAAACAAGUGUGAGAGAGAAGGGCCUUCUAGGGAUUUACGAACGAUGAAGGGCUUCUUACUUUUUGUAAUCACUUACCCUCGAGGACACUGCCCAGCCUUCUGUCCCUGUGUACUACAACUAGUUUCACCCGAGUGACUCACGCCGUGGCGCUCUGCGAGCCCUAAAGAAUGCUUGGUAUGCUACGACUCUUGCUCGGACCCGCGGGCCCAGAUGCAAAACCAGGCGCGGUGGCUAACGCAACAAGACCAUUGCCCGGAUUUCAAUUCGGUCAAACUUCUGGAGACUAA